ACACACACACACACACACACACACACACACACACACACAGCACGGGCAGCAGGGUCACCCCCCAGCGCCACGCUCCAUAAAGGGCGCCGUUACAAAAGGUUUACUGUUACUGAGACGAGAGCCGGGACACAACAGGACCAACGGUUCUGGACUGAGUCCUGUCCUCUUCUCACUGGACUGCAGAGGGAACAGACCGAGGCCGGACAGCAUGGUACCAGAGGACCGGCCUGGAGGAAGCUCACGGACUCAUGUGGCCUCUACUGCUGGGCCUGGUUCUCCAGUACUGGAUCAGCUCUGGGGAGGGUCUGUGUUCAGAGAGGAGUGCAGGAAGCUGUGAUGAGUGUCUGCAGCUCAGCCCUCACUGUGCCUGGUGCUCACAGGAGAACUUCACCGGCUGGUUCUCGGUCUCAGAACGAUGCGACUCUCUGGAGCUGCUGCUAGAAAAAGGCUGCGCCAAAGACCACCUGCAGUUCCCCGUUUCCAGGAGCCGGGUCCUCCUAGACCAGCCUCUGGGGAAGAAGAGCAACGAUGCAAACAGCACUCAGAUCUCCCCGCAGAAGCUGUCCCUCCACCUGCGGCCAGGAAGUGAGGUGACCUUUCAGGUUCAAGUUCAGCACACAGAAGACUAUCCUGUGGACGUUUAUUACCUGAUGGACCUGUCAGCCUCCAUGAUUGACGACCUCAACAUGAUCAAAGACUUGGGUUCUUCUCUGGCCAAGGAAAUGUCCAAACUCACCAGUAAAUUCAGAAUGGGCUUCGGCUCCUUUGUGGAGAAACCGGUCCUACCGUUCAUCCGGAUCACAGAGGAGGACCUGGCMAACCCGUGCAGUGACAGCCUAGGAAUGUCCUGCCUGCCGACGUUCGGCUACAAACACGGCUUGUCUCUGACCAGCAGAACCGACAAGUUCAACGAGAUCAUCUCUAAGCAGCGCGUGUCCGCCAACGUCGACGUACCCGAGUGUGGCUUUGAUGCCAUCCUACAAGCAGCCGUCUGCGGGGAGAAGAUUGGCUGGAGGAAUGACUCCAUGCGACUGCUGGUGUUUGUCAGUGACGCUGAUUCACACUUUGGGAUGGACAGUAAGAUGGCCGGAAUCGUGAUCCCAAACGAUGGGAAGUGUCACCUGGAUGUAAAUAACGAAUACUCCAAGUCCACAGUACAGGAGUACCCAACUCUCGGCCAGUUGAUUGAUAAGGUGGUGGAAAACAACAUCCUGCUGAUAUUUGCUGUGACUGACGAGCAGAUAAACAAUUAUAAGAACUACGCAAAUCUCAUCCCAGGAGCCACGGUCGGAGCUGUGGCCGAAGAUUCAAGGAACAUCCUGGAGCUGAUUGUAACGGCGUAUAAAGAGCUGCGCUCAGAGAUUGAACUYGAAGCUCUCGGAGACACAGAGGAGCUGCAGAUGUCCUUCACAACCAUUUGUCCAAAUGGGACGGUCUUUCCCGAUCUGAAACGCUGCUCCAACAUCAAACCAGGAGAGACGGUAUUGUUCAAUGUGUCCGUGGAGCUCCCAGCAUGCCUGUCAGGAGUCCGCCACUUCUUCCUGAAGCCAGUGGGCCUUCAGGACAGCUUGGAGGUGGAAAUGAAGUCUCUUUGCUCCUGCGACUGCCAGCAGCCUCCCACGACCGACAGCAGCCAGUGCACCGAGGGUCAGGGGGUUUUCCACUGCGGCAYGUGUGCGUGUCACCCAGGCUUUCUCGGAGCUCAGUGUGAAUGCAAUGAGGAGAGUGUUUUGUUGAGYAACUGCCUCGCCACCAAUGACUCUGAGAUAUGUAACGGUCAGGGGGACUGUUACUGUGGGAAGUGUGUGUGUCACACAUCCAGCUUUGGUCGCAUCUAUGGUCCUUACUGUGAGUGCGACAAUUACUCUUGUGUUCGUUUCCGCGGAGAGCUUUGCGGAGGUCACGGAGUGUGUGACUGCGGGGAGUGUCGUUGUGAAAGCGGCUGGAUCGGGGAAUACUGCAACUGCAGCAGCAGCACAGAGGCGUGCUUAUCGGAGGACGGCGGCGUCUGCAGCGGCAGGGGAAAAUGCAAGUGUGGUCAAUGCGUGUGCUCUUCUCCUGGAGCAUCUGGGGACAAAUGUGAAAGGUGCCCCACAUGUGGAGAGUCAUGUAGUUUUGCAAAGUCCUGCGUGGAGUGCCACCUUCAAGACAAAUACGAUCCUGAGUUGUGCAAUCAGAAGUGCAGCGCUGCUAAAAUCUCCAACAACCACACAGAAGAAAGCGACAAAAGCAGCUCGGUGGCGUGCACGUUGAUGAUGGAAAACGAGUGCUGGAUGUCAUUUAACGUGUUUGAAAGUGAGACAGGGACCACUGCGUAUAAUCUCCGGGAGUACGGGUGCCCAGAGACCCCAAAUAUCCUAAUGAUUAUUCUGGGGGUCUCCUUUUCUAUUGUGUGUAUCGGCCUGAUUCUGCUGGUCGUGUGGAAAGUGCUGGUGUCGGUCCACGACCAGAAAGAGGUGGCCCGGUUUGAGGCGGAGCGGGCAAAGGCGAAAUGGCAGACGGGAACCAACCCUCUGUUCCGAAGCUCAACGUCUACUUUUAAAAACGUAACUUAUAAGAACACGAACAGAGUACAGAUUAUCCAGGAAAAUCGCUGACGACGACAAACCGGCGGCGAAGCGAACAUCCUGAGUGUGUGUGUGUGUGUGAAGGAGAUGUUUCACCACAGACGGACACAAAAAGAUGAAUUUACUGCUGUAAAUGUGCACUGCUGACCUCGUACUGUAAAACACAGAACUUUUGAACUAUUUCUGACUACUGAAAAAGAAAAAAAUGUUUAUGUGUAAAUAUCCAGACGUUUUAUAUUUGUUUUCUGGGAAAGCAAAGCUGAGCCUUUAAUGGUGAAAAUGUUUGUUGUGUUUUGUUGUUUUAGUGAUGAUCUAACUAUAGAAUAGAAUGGAAAAAGUCUAAAUUUUGUCUACAUUAUGGGGCAGGCGAUCAUCUAAAUGUUUGUGUUGUUUUAUAUGUUGCAAUGGGUGAAAAGAACUGAAGUUAAAAAUAAACAAAACUGUUUCUAAAA